UUAAACCUAAGUCUUUCAUUUUUCACGCAAAGAACAGCAGCCUUCAAUUCCCUUCACGUUUCCUUCUCUCGUCCACACUCAAACUCCGGCCACCAUCACCGCGCACCAUCACCACCGACGUUCGGCCCUUCUUCUUUACCGGCCUCCAACCACCGGCGCGGCGCAGUGCUUCCUCACCGUCAUUCUUCGCUGGCCUCCAACUAUAUAGGGCUAUUCUUCACGGCCUAGCUAGCUGCGUCACUUCACCGGGGACGAGGCACUAGGUCAAUUUAUGAGUUGGGGGAUAUUGAAAUGUGAUUCUGCUUGCAUAUGCUGCUGAAUUUCUGUUGGGAUGGUGAUGGGGUGCUUUUUUGGGGUUAGUUCUUUAAAUUUUGAUGUUUUUUAUUUGUGGCAUUGAGUGCAAAUCUUUAUUUCGAGCUUGCCCUUGAUGCAAAGUGAAACUAGCUGUUGCGCAGGUAUUACUUUGAUCAUUAAUAGCUUGAAAUUUGUACUUCUAGUUAACUUUUGCUGGUGGCAUCUGUAGAAUUUUGCUUUAAGGUGAAUUACAAACCAUUUUUUCAUUUAUAUGUUCUGCUGUUAAUGUCAUUAUUGACCCGCUUUCAUCUCGUAGUACCUUAGUACUCAGUAAUCAGUAUAGACCACUUACUACGUUGCCAUGAUGUUGUUCUGUAUUGGCUUUGUUUGUAUGGUACAUCUUCAAUUAUGUGCUGUCUCUGCACUUUGCAGUGGUUCUGUGCUGUUAGUUUUUGUUGGACUUAGUUAUUAAGAAUAUCAGAGAAAUCGUUGUUAAUUUCAUGAAAAAACCUAGAAGUCAUGGGGCUGUUCCUGUGUUUGAAUUUCUCAAUAUUCUGACAAAUUGGUUUAGGAUUAUGUUCAUUUUUUUGCAACUACUUAAAAGUAAUGAAAACCCUAGCUUAUAAAUAUUUCAGGAUCAUGUUGUUCGGAGGUUGCUUUUGCCUUAUCUAACUCUAUUGUCUGUCAAAAACUUGUAAACUGUGAUCUGAAUUCUGAACUUUUCCAUAAUAUGUGUUGAGCUGUAAAUACAACUAUUAUAGAAGACAUCUAGUGUAUGCCAAAGAAAGUGAAAACCAAAUACUAUUGUGUUCAUUAAAGUUGUUAAUUAUGAGAUUUUCAAUCAUGCUUGACUGUUGACGUAUAGUUGUAUAAAAGACAUUUGAUGUGCAGAGCUCCAGGGAGUAGUGUUGAGGUGUCAAAGGAAAUUGAGCUCUUGAUCCUGAUGGAAUAUUUAAAUAUUUGUUUACACAUCAAGAAUGUUAACAAUUGAUUUAGUUGGUGAGCUGAAAAGGUGCACCCUGUACAAUUUCAAUGAGAUGGGAGAUGUUAGACACCUACUCAAAGCAUUUAAUCACCAAUCCAUGAUCUAAGUACCAACUCAAUAUCGAUAAGAUUACUUUCUUCCUCCAGAAAAUGGAGAAGGACAUAAGGAUUAACUACCUUUUUACUAGAAUUAUUAAACUUCUCACUGUUGAACUCUACUGCACACACACUGCGGCUUGUAUCUUUUAUUAUUUAGCCACUACAAUUCCUGAACAAGAAGAAGGUUACACAUGGAUUGGUAGUUUGAAGUUGGGAGAUUAUAGUUAUUCCCACUUUAGGGAAAUUGAUCUUUUUAGGAGGUAUACUACAUCUUUGUAUUUUGCCAUCGUCACCAUGGCUACUGUAGGUCUGUUAUUUUCUUUUCUAACCACUCAAAUAUAUAUGUACACAUAUGUGAUAUGUAUCAUUAUCAAUAACUUUUCUUGUCAAAUUACAGGUUAUGGGGACAUACAUGCUGUUAAUCUGAGGGAAAUGAUAUUCAUUGUGAUCUAUGUCUCGUUUGACAUGAUUUUGGGUGCUUAUUUGAUUGGUAAUAUAACUGCAUUGAUAGUUAAAGGCUCUAAGACAGAACGAUUUAGAGAUAAAACAGUAGAAGUCAUGAAAUAUAUGUAUAGAAAUAGGCUUGACAAGGACCUCCGCAAUAAGAUCAAAGGUCAUUUACGUAUGCAGUAUGAAAGUAGCUAUACUGAAGCUGCUGUUCUGCAGGACAUUCCCAUAUUACUUCGAGCAAAGAUUUCCCAUACAUUAUACAUGUCGUUCAUUGAAAAAGCUCCUCUUUUCAAAGAAUGUUCUCCAGAGUUCAAGAAUCAGAUUGUAACCAAAGUCCAUGAAGAAUUUUUCCUUCCUGGUGAAGUUAUAUUGGAGCAGGGAAAUGUGGUAGAUCAACUUUAUCUUGUCUGUCAUGGAAAGAUGGAGGAAGUAAGUAUUGGGCAAGAUGGGUCAGAACAGCUGAUUUCACAUCUUGAACCAGACAGUACUUUUGGACAAAAUUCCAUAUUUUGCAACAUCCCUCAAUCUUGUACAGUACGAGUUGUUGAUCUGUGCCGGCUUCUGCGGAUUGAGAAACAAUCGUUGAGUAAUAUUAUUGACAUAUACUUCUUUGACGGCAAAAAAAUCUUUGACAAUCUCCUUAAGGGAAAUGAUGGAAAAUUCAACUUGACGGAAGUUGAAUCUGAUAUCGCAUCUCACAUAACACAACAAGAAUCAGAACUUGCUCUUAAAGUAAACAAUGCUGCAAACCACGGAGAUCUUUAUCAGCUAAAGAGUUUGCUAAAGGCUGGAGCUGAUCUAAACAAGACAGAUUACAAUGAAAGAUCUCCGCUGAGUGUUGAUGAAAAUGAAUGUCAAAAAAAGCGCACUUCCUCAAUGGAAAUCAGUUAAGUGCGCCCAACAAGAGGGUGGGGUCGAGUGUGGCUAUUACGUGAUGAAAUUCAUGCAUGACAUAUUCAAAAGUUGCAAGGAAGUUCAAGAUCUGGAAAAGGUACAUAAAAUAGCUUAUUUAUGAUGUAUUAUUAGGCUAGAAAUUAGUUAAAAAAACUAUUCGCCUAUAAUUGGCAUGAACCGUCGAAAAUGCCAUUUUGGACAAAAUAUGACCUAUAUCGUCCCAAAUGAGCCUUAUGUGUGCAUAAAUAACUUAAAAUUUGUCUUAUAAACAUAUAACUAAUCAUAUGAAUCAUGAAAAAGAUUUAGAAAGUGUCCUUAGGUUCAUUUGUUAGUAGUUGGGAUCGAAAAUGCCAUUUUUGGCCAAAAAUGACCUAUAUCGACCCAAAUGACCCAUAGACGUUCAUAAAUAUCAUGAAAUGAGUCUUAUAAUCAUAUAACUAAUCAUAUGAAUAAUGAAAAACGUUUAGAAUAUCGAAAUAGGUUCGUUUGUUGGUAGUUGGGAUAAAAAAUGCCAUUUUGGCCAUAAAUGACCUAUAUCGACCCAAAUGAACCAUAGGCGUGCAUAACGAACUUGAAAUGAGUCUUAUAAUCAUAUAACUAAUCAUAUGAAUCAUGAAAAACGUUUAGAAUAUGGAAAUAGGUUCGUUUGUUGGUAGUUGGGAUCGAAAAUGCCAUUUUUGGCCAUAAAUGACCUAUAUCGACCCAAAUGACCCUUAGGCGUGCAUAACAACCUUGAAACGAGUUUCAUAAACAUAUAACUUAUCAUAUUAAUCAUUAAAAAAGGUUUAUAAUUUAAAUAUAAGUUCGUUUGUUGGUAGUUGGGAUCGAAAAUGCCAUUUUUGGCCAUAAAUGACCUAUAUCGACCCAAAUGACCUUUAGGCGUGCAUAACGAAGUUGAAAUGAGUCUUAUAAUAAUAUAAUUAAUCAUAAGAAUCAUGAAAAACAUUUAAAAUAUGGAUAUAGGUUUGUUUGUUGGUAAUUGGGAUCGAAAAUGCCAUUUUUGACCAUAAAUGACCUAUAUCGACCCGAAUGAACCAUAGGCGUGCAUAACGAACUUGAAAUAAGUUUCUUAAACAUAUA